ACACUGUCAGUUUGACGUAUGUCACUUGUCCACAUAACAUAACCACAAAAUGCACUUAAACGUCAAACGACGAAUCUUGUUGUGUUUUUAAUUGAUCUCCUGGAAGCAAGAAAACUCUUUCCUAACCCAUUUCUCCACAAUGGAAAUCCUGGAAGUACAAACCUACUUUACAAGCAUCGUGAAAAGUGAGAAAAAUGUAUCGGCCGGUGUGGCGGCCAUCCGUACCCUCAUGGAGGUUAUUAAAAAAUCCCAAUCGGAAACCGUUCAAGAACUGGAAGCGAACUUAAAAGAUGCCAUCAAUAAAAUGAAGAACGCGAACUACCCCGUUGCCGCUAUAACUUCCGGAUGUGAAUUAUUCUUGAGGUUCAUAACUUAUACCGCUGGAUUAGACUCCAGCGGGAGCUUCAACGAAUGUAAAAAGAUCAUGUUGGACCGUGGCGAACUGUUUUUAAAAAAGCUGGACGAGGCUCGUGGGAAAAUUGUCAAGUUCGCCUCGAAAUUUAUUUUGGAUGGCUCCAAGGUCCUGACGCACUCACGUUCCAGAGUUGUCUUACAAACCCUCUGCCAAGCGUUUAAACAGGACAAAAGGUUUGAGGUGUUUGUCACUGUUUCUGCACCGGACAACAGCGGAAUACAGAUGCAUAAAGAACUGCAAGCCAUGGGAAUCCCUUGCACCCUUAUCCUGGAUUCUGCCAUAGGGUAUGUCAUGGAACAAAUUGACUUUAUCAUGGUCGGAGCGGAGGCAGUGGUGGAAAGUGGAGGUAUCGUUAAUAAAGUGGGGAGUUAUACUAUGGCGGUGUGUGCAAAAGAGAUGAAAAAGCCAUUUUAUGUGUUAGCAGAGAGUUUUAAGUUUUCCCGGCUGUUUCCUUUGAACCAGCAAGAUUUACCUGCAGAAUAUAAGUACACAUCGAACGUUAGAGAGAAGGAAGAUAUUAAAACGGCACAUCCUUUAGUAGAUUAUACGCCUCCAUCUUACAUUACUUUGCUUUUUACGGAUAUUGGUAUAUUGACACCUUCGGCAGUUAGUGAUGAAUUAAUUAAUCUCUAUUUAUAAUGUGUACUUUUUGUUACUGUGAAUUAUUUUAUUAGUUAAUAUAUUAUUUUCUUAUAAA